UCGAAAGGUGUAAGCUUCAUGACAACCUAUCAUGGCGGCCAUCAAACGUCUGUUGAAACUUCCGGGAGAGGGAGCCACAACAGGAGGGCUUCGAAACCUCCCGAAAUAUCACGAACUCCCUCAGGAUGUUAGCGACGGGGAGGACACGGAAGAAGAGAUUACGAUAACGGCAGCAGACUUUCAGCCGGGUCACUUCCUCCCCCAGGAAAACGACAAGGCGUGGACUCAGAAGGAUCAAAUCGAACUUAACGAGCUUGGAACGCAAAAGAGCAACGGACGCAGUAAGGUCAUAGACUCGGAACUUGACGUUCAGGUCAGCUCGGGAUGGCUGGCCCUGUCCAGGACUCGUAUUGCGUGCUUCAUGUUCUCGCUAAGUAUGUGCGUGGGAUUCUUUGUUGCGAUGGCUCUUGCCUUCCCAUGUGAAGAAGAAGGGACACAUGUACAAACCCCUCCCUGGAAAGUAUCAUUAUCAGACGUAGCUUCAGAAACCUCGAUACGCCUGUAUGACAUAGACGGAGAUGGCUUGUUGGAUGUUAUGGUUGGGAUAGGGUCAACAAUUAAAGGAAACCUCAGUGACAGCUGCCACUCUUUAGUAGGUGUUGAUACAGCGUCAUGUGAUGGCGGGAUUCUGGCGUACAACGGUGCCACGGGCGCACAACUCUGGCACAUCCCCACCUUCGGGGAGGUGUUCCUCCUGAGGUGCGGGGGACUGGACAUUAACGCUGACGGGUGGGAGGACUGUCUAGCCACCGGCAGGCUGGGUCUCAUGCUGGCGUUCAACCCAAAACUUGGCGAGGUGUUGUGGCACGUGGAUCCCACGUUGGUGGACCGCCAUUGGAACUUCUACAUGCCCCAGCUGGUACCUGACCUGGACGGAGACGGGGUAGCUGACCUUGUCGCCGCUCAUGGCGGUGACCUUCGCUUUAAAUCACACGAACACAACAGGACAGCAGGUCGACUGGUGUUACUGUCCGGUGCUACAGGCAGGAGUUUGGGUUCGUGGGUGAACAUGCCUGAUGGACAUGAGACAUACAUGUCUGUGGUGCUGCACCAAACCAGGGACGGUUCACUGUAUGCCCUGUUUGGGUCUGGAGGGGAAACCGUUACAGGAUCACUGUGGGCCAUCUCUAUACCUGACCUGUACAGGAGGGUGAAGGGACUACCUAUAGCAGGACGGCACAAGAUCAGGGGGUACCCAGGAUCCUACUCCUUAUGGAGGAACCAUGGAUACAACAAUGGCAUCUAUCAACUCUACAGGUUAGGCAGACAAGGGUUAAAGUACUCUCCAAGCAGAGGCUAG